AUGGAAAAACUCCUCCUGCCCCUUUUGAUGCUCGGCACCAUGGCGAAGGGUCAGCACUGCCCCGGCCGCUGCAUCUGCCAGAACAUCUCGCCCACCCUGACCAUGCUGUGCGCCAAGACAGGGCUGCUCUUCGUGCCGCCGUCCAUCGACCGGCGCACGGUGGAGCUGCGGCUGACGGACAACUUCAUCACCAUCAUCCGGCGCAAGGACUUCUCCAACAUGACCAACCUGGUGCACCUGACCCUCUCCCGGAACACCAUCAGCCAGGUGAUGCCCUUCGCUUUCGCCGACCUGCGCGCCUUGCGCGCCUUGCAUAUGAACAGCAACCGGCUGGCCUCCCUCCGCAACGAACACUUCAAAGGCCUGGGCAACCUCCGGCACCUCAUCCUGGGCAACAACCAGAUCAGCAACAUCCAGCCGGCCUCCUUCGACGAGUUCCUGGCCACCGUGGAGGACCUGGAUUUGUCCUACAACAACCUGGAGACGCUGCCGUGGGAGGCCAUCGGGCAGAUGGUCAGUCUGAACACCCUGACCCUAGAUCACAACCUCAUUGACCAUAUCGCCGAGGGCACCUUCUCCCAGCUCCACAAGCUGGUGCGUUUGGACAUGACCUCCAACCGGUUGCAGAAGCUGCCCCCAGACAACCUCUUCCUCCGGGCUCAGGUGCUGGCUAACGUCCGGGGCUCCCACCCGUCCACCUUGACCAUCAGCUUCGGAGGCAACCCCUUGCAUUGCAACUGUGAGCUGCUCUGGCUCCGGCGCCUGACACGGGAGGACGACCUGGAGACCUGCGCCUCUCCCGAGCACCUGAUGGAUAAGUACUUCUGGUCCAUCUCCGAGGAGGAGUUCAUCUGCGAGCCGCCCCUCAUCACGCGCCAGUACUCCACCAAGGCCUUUAUCAUGGAGGGCCAGGGAGUCAGCCUCAAGUGCAAGGCGGUGGGAGACCCCGACCCCUCCAUCCACUGGAUCGCUCCCGACGGCAAGCUGAUCCACAACACCACGCGCGCCACGGUCUACGACAACGGCACGCUGGAGGUGCACAUCACCACGCUCAAGGACAACGGGGUCUUCACCUGCAUCGCCUCCAACGCCGCCGGCGAGGCCACCGCCCCCGUGGAGGUCUGCAUCGUGCCACUGCCGCUGCUGGUCAACAACACGGGCCACAUGAAGGAGCCCGACCCUGGCUCGUCCGACAUCACCACCUCCGCCAAGUCGGGCGCCAACGACACCAAGAACCAUCUGGAGAAGAAGAUUGUGGCGGCCGAGCUGACCUCCACCUCGGUGGUGAUCCACUGGCCCUCGGAGCGGCACAUUCCUGGCAUCCGCAUGUACCAGAUUCAGUAUAACAGCUCCCUGGACGACUCGCUGGUGUACAGGAUGAUCCCCCCGUCCAGCAGGGCCUUCCUGGUGAACGACCUGGCGGCGGGGCGGGCCUACGACCUGUGCGUGCUGGCCGUCUACGACGACGGGGUGACGGCGCUGACGGCCACCCGGGUGGUGGGCUGCGUCCAGUUCACCACGGAGGGCGAGACCGCCCAGUGCCACGCCCUGCACACCCAGUUCCUGGGCGGCACCAUGAUCAUCAUCAUCGGCGGGAUCAUCGUCGCCUCCGUCCUGGUCUUCAUCAUCAUCCUCAUGAUCCGCUACAAGGUCCACAGCGGGCACGAGGGGCCCAAGAAAGCCAAGGUCAGCAACGUCUACUCCCAGACCAACGGCGGGCAGCCCCCGGCCUCCAAGCCCACCGAGGACAAAUACGAGACCUUCCAGGAGGCAGGGCCCACGGAGGCGGGGCCUACGGAGGCGGAGCCCAAGAAGGACACGCCCGCUGCCCCCGAACCGGACAAGAGAGACCCCAAGCCGGGUGCAGACCUCCAGACUGUGGCCCUGCUGUCCUCGGAGGAGGGCCAGCCCGAGGGCAGCGUGACCGGCUCCUUGGGUCUCCUCCGGGAGAGCGGGCCGGGCGGCCAGCACCGGGCCACGCUGGGCAGCGUGGGCCUCUUUCCCCGGGAGCUUUCGAGGACUCACCACCACCGUCACUCCUUCGACGGGGACUACGCUCUGUUUCAGAGCCACAGCUACCCGCGCCGGGCACGGACAAAACGGCACAUGUCCACGUCCCAGCUGAACGCGGAGGACUGCCCGCUGAGCCAACGCCGGGUCAUCUUCAGCAGCACCGAGUGGAUGCUGGAGAGCACCGUCUGA